ACUAGACCCAGAACCUUCAAGGGGAGGGAUGGUUGUCCUCACCCCUGUGCUCCCAGGGCCUGGCAAUAUGCUGUCCAUUAGUAUCCACUGAAUGCAUGACAUUUUUUUCUAAUGGGCAAAUUGAGGCUCAGGGAAGUUCCUGGCUGGCUUAAGAUUAUUGGUUCAUCAUCCCGGAGCAGGGCCUGGAACCCGGGCCCCUGACUCAGGGCUCUACAGGCACCCGCGCAACACCCCAGCCCCCGCGUGACUCACGCGCGCUCACGGCCGCCCGCAGUUGCCACUGGUCCCCUGCUCCCACCGCCCCUCCCUGCCGCAGCCUAGCGGGGCUCCCAGAGACCAGGACGGACGCAGCCAUGUCAGAGCUGGUGCCUGAGCCCAGGCCUAAGCCAGCGGUGCCCAUGAAGCCCGUGAGCAUCAACUCCAACCUGCUGGGCUACAUCGGCAUUGACACCAUCAUCGAGCAGAUGCGCAAGAAGACCAUGAAGACCGGUUUCGACUUCAACAUCAUGGUCGUCGGACACUCCUUGCGACCUCUGGAUCUCGAGUUCAUGAAACACCUCAGCAAGGUUGUGAACAUCAUCCCUGUCAUCGCUAAGGCUGACACCAUGACCCUGGAGGAGAAGUCUGAAUUUAAGCAGAGGGUUCGCAAGGAGCUUGAAGUAAAUGGCAUUGAAUUCUACCCCCAGAAGGAAUUUGAUGAGGAUUUGGAGGAUAAGACGGAGAAUGACAAAAUCAGGCAGGAGAGCAUGCCUUUUGCUGUGGUGGGAAGUGACAAGGAGUACCAAGUGAAUGGCAAAAGGGUCCUCGGCCGAAAAACUCCAUGGGGGAUCAUCGAAGUGGAAAACCUCAAUCACUGUGAGUUUGCCCUGCUUCGAGACUUUGUCAUCAGGACCCACCUCCAGGACCUCAAGGAAGUGACACACAACAUCCACUACGAGACUUACAGGGCCAAGCGGCUCAAUGACAAUGGAGGCCUCCCUCCGGGAGAAGGCCUCCUGGGCACUGUCCUUCCACCUGUGCCAGCCACCCCCUGCCCCACUGCUGAAUGAAGUCCAUUUCAAGCGCUGCUUCUCCCUCCAUUCCUCUCAGCUGUUAUUGCUUCAGGGCCAGGCCCUUUUUAGUGCUGUGCUCGUCCAGCUCACCACCACAGCCCCUCUCAGCCCUCAGUAGGUGGGAGGGGCCAGCUGCCUCUUUAGGACAGUUGCAUCUUCCAUUUAUCCAAACCACUCCUCUCCUCCCAGUGGAGUGGGGUUCUGCCAGCACUGCCCUACCACAUCAUCUGUGUCAGCCGGUCCCAGCCCAUCUGCAAGGCGAAAGAACUCAUUAAGAGUUUCUUCUGCCCUUGUAAGCCCAUCCCAGCUACUUGUAACCAUCUCUAAGGGCAAUGGCAUUGCUCCCUACCCAUUCAUCUGCAUGAGCUACUCUUGGCUUCCUUAAAAAGUCAAGAAAGCAAUUUUUCUGCUUGCUAGAUUCAUUGAGAUCAAUUGUGUGAGCCCCAACGUGGGACAAGGGUGUCUCCUUCAUCACUUAAAAGUAUUCAUGAGGGUGGGUCACUACAGAUGUUGGGGAGCAAGGGCUAGGAUCACUUUUUAAAAAAUCACCACUUGUGGCUGGCCCAGAGUGCGGUUGUACAUCCUCCUCACC